UUUUUUGUAAUCUUUCUUUUCUUCACUUGAAUUAUUGAUAAAAAUUAAAGAAAUAAACAGAAAUGAUAAUUUUCAUUCCACUAAAUAUUAGUGCGACUAAAAUCAUAGAUUAAUUUUAUUUUUUUCCUUUCUUUAAUUAAAUUAAGUUGGCAAUUUAAUUUUAUAGUAUUGGACGAUAUUUUAUUGUGUCAUGAUCAAUAUUUUUUUGGUAAUUUUUUACCCAAGAGCACUUAAAUGAGAUGACGCGAGUCUCUUCUAGCUUAACCAAGAUUCUGGGUUCGAUCACUGGCUUGGACAUGCAGCAGUGUCAAACCUCUUAUGGAGAGUUUGCCACUCAUUUGGAUCCCACAAGACUAUAAUAGAAUGACAAAAAACUGAGUGAUUUUAAAAUAGAAUUAAACGUUAUAUUUAUUUAUUAUCAUUAUUGGCAUAUGAAUUCUAUCUUCUUUUUUUCAAAAAAAAUUAUCUAACUAUCUUUUUCUCUUAUUGUUCUUUUUGUGUUUUAAAUCUCUCCUUUUAAAAAAUUCAAUUUCUUUUUUCACUACCUACAAGUGUGUUUUUCACGAUUAGAUUAAUAAAUUACAUCGGAUCUCAUUUGAUCCAAUGAUGUGGUUUGUUGAUGUAACCGUAGAAAUCAACUCAUGUAUGACGUAAAAUAUGUCUCAUUUGUGCACUAUAGAAUUAACUUUAUUUUUGUCUCAUAAAUAUAGAUCAGUUGGAAACUACUAGAAAUAUUAUUGCAUGAGUCAGAGUUUGAACCGAAUCUAGAUUUUGCACCUAUCUUGUGUCAAGGGGAAGAAUCUAUUUCUCAUAUUUGGACCAACACGGUAUACAAUAAUCUGGAUAAGCAAGUACACCACAUUAAACUGGGAAAAGUCAUUGAUAGUGUUUUCAGGUGUCGGUAUAAGAGUGUGGUAUUUGGUUAUGAUGAUUUAUAUAUGAUUGUGAAAUUAACAGGGGUGAUCCAUUGGCAUUUGGGUCAUACUGGAAGCAGAUGAGUGAUGAGUGUACAGUGGUGAUUAAAGGAUGGGAAUUGAUGAGUUACUACAGUGAUUCAAGUAACAUGUGUUGGUUCAUGUUACCAGAACUGAGGGAUGAAAUAGAGAGACUUCACCAUUUGGUUGGGAAUGCUGUGACCAAAGAUAAAUACAUAGUAGUUGGAAAUGGUUCUUCUCAACUCUUUCAAGCUGCUUUGUUUGCUGUGUCUCCUUCAGAUGUCUCUGAUCACCCCAUCAAUGUUGUUGUUACUGCUCCUUAUUAUUCGGAGUAUAAAAAUGCAAUUAAUGUAUUGCAUUCGAGGAUGUUUCGAUGGGCUGGUGAUGCUGCUUUGUAUGAUGAAAACAAACCUUACAUAGAGGUGGUGACGUCCCCAAACAAUCCUGACGGGACUCUUCGUGUACCAAUGGUGAACUCUCUAGCUGAAGGGAAGUUGAUUCAUGAUUUGGCUUAUUAUUGGCCGCAAUACACACCCAUUAAUUAUGAAGCUGGCCAUGAUAUUAUGCUCUUUACAUUCUCCAAAUGCACAGGCCAUGCUGGUUCUCGUAUUGGAUGGGCUAUUGUAAAGGAUAUUGCAGUUGCUAAAAAGAUGGCCACAUUUGUGCAAUCCAGCACAAUGGGGGUGUCAAAAGAAUCCCAAACACGAGCUGCUAAGAUCAUUGCAGUGAUUUGUGAUGGUUACCAAAAUUUCAAGUCCAAUGAAUCUGAACUCUUCUUUGAAUAUAGCAAACGCCUCAUGAGGGAAAGGUGGGAGAAAUUUAGAGGUGCUAUUGAGCAAAGCAUGGUCUUUAACGUAACCAAGUAUCCAAGGGCCCACUGUAAUUUCACCAAUGAGAUAUCUGAAACAUACCCUAGUUUUGCUUGGUUGAAAUGCGAGGAAGGCAUAGAAAAUAGUCAUCAUUGUCUAAGGAAAUUGAAUAUUUGUGGAAGGGAAGGUGAGCGAUUUGGUGUUGAUUCAAAGUAUGUUAGGAUUAGCAUGCUUGGCAUAGAUGAUGAGUUCAAUGAAAUGGUGAAGAGGCUAUCAAAUGCUAAAAAAGAAUAAGAUCAGAGAUGAUGUAAAACAGGAGAGUUUCUACAGUGCCUUGAAAAACCUUAAGUGUUUUGGCACUGUUUAUUGGUAACGAAAUAAAAUUAAAGUUAUGAAUUA